AAAGCGGCCCAACGACAUGUUGACUCGCUGUUUUGUUUGUUCCUCUCGUCAGUCGUCGGCGACGCUCGCCGCCGUCGAUCCUAGCCGAGCCCAUGACGACCGAACUCACCCUCCUUCCGGCCGGUCGCCGCUGCUGUUGUCUCGAACCUCCCACCAUGCCAGUCUCCAGGCCGGGUACUUGCCUGAGACGCACGUGAAAUGACCCUGCGCAGUUCUCUCCUGGCCGUUGCCCGCCCCCUCACCACCGCGGCGGUCGCGGCCGCCGUCCGCCGCGGGGACCUCGCCGGAGCCGUGGAGGCCUUCGCGUCGACGCCCCGCAAGACCGCGGCCACCUACAACUGCCUCCUCGCGGGCUAUGCCAGGGCGCCCGGCCGCCUCGCGGACGCGCGCCACCUGUUCGACCGGAUCCCGCACCCGGACGUCGUCUCCUACAACACGCUCCUGUCCUGCCACUUCGCCAACGGCGAUGUCGAUGGCGCGCGGAGGCUCUUCUCCGCGAUGCCCGUCAAGGACGUCGCGUCCUGGAACACCAUGGUGUCUGGGCUGUCUAAGAACGGGGCCCUUGAGGAGGCCAAGGCCGUGUUCAUGGCCAUGCCGGUGAGGAACGCAGUUUCUUGGAACGCGAUGGUUGCGGCGCUUGCGUGCUCUGGAGACAUGGGCGCCGCGGAGGAGUGGUUUAGGAAUGCGCCGGGGAAGGAGGACGCGGUUCUCUGGACUGCCAUGGUGUCGGGGUACAUGGAUGCUGGCAAUGUACAGAAGGCCAUGGAGUUCUUUGAGGCAAUGCCAAUGAGGAACUUGGUUUCAUGGAAUGCUGUGGUCGCUGGUUACGUGAAGAAUUCACAUGCAGGCCAUGCUUUAAGGGUGUUCAAGACCAUGGUUGAGGAUGCGGUUGUGCAGCCAAACGCGUCAACCUUAAGCAGUGUCCUUCUUGGAUGCAGUAACCUAUCUUCACUUGGAUUUGGAAGGCAGAUACAUCAGUGGUGCAUGAAGUUGCCACUGAGCAGGAGUGUGACCGUGGGCACGUCACUUGUGAGCAUGUACUGCAAGUGUGGCAAUUUGGACGACGCUUGCAAGCUGUUCGAUGAGAUGCAUACAAAGGAUAUAGUUGCAUGGAACGCCAUGAUUUCUGGCUAUGCUCAACAUGGCAAUGGAGGGAAAGCUAUCAAGUUGUUUGAAAAAACGAAGGAUGAAGGAGUGGUGCCUAACUGGAUUACUUUUGUGGCAGUACUGACAGCUUGUAUCCACACUGGUUUGUGUGAUUUUGGAAUACAAAUCUUUCAAACAAUGCAGGAAGUCUAUGGAAUUGAGCCCCGGGUUGAUCACUACUCAUGUAUGGUGGAUCUUCUCUGCCGAGCUGGUCAGCUUGAAAGAGCUGUCGACAUGAUGCGCUCAAUGCCCUUUGAGCCGCAUCCUUCUGCCUACGGCACCCUGUUGGCUGCCUGUAGAGUUUAUAAGAACUUGGAAUUCGCCGAGUUUGCCGCUGGAAAGCUGAUUGAACAGCACCCACAGAGCGCAGGUGCCUAUGUACAACUGGCAAAUAUUUAUGCUGUAGCAAAUAGGUGGGCCGAUGUCUCUAGAGUAAGGAGGUGGAUGAAGGAUAAUGUGGUAGUGAAAACACCUGGGUAUAGCUGGAUAGAGAUAAAAGGUAUAAGGCAUGAGUUCAGAUCAAAUGACAGAUUGCAUCCUCAGCUUCAUUUAAUUCAUGAGAAGUUGGACAAGUUAGAGGAGCUCAUGAAGGCAAUGGGUUAUGUUCCUGAUCUUGAUUUCGCACUGCAUGAUGUAGAGGAGAGUCUGAAGGUGCAAAUGCUAAUGAGGCACAGUGAGAAGCUCGCUAUUGCCUUUGGCCUGAUUAGCAGCCCCCCUGGGACAACCUUGAGGAUUUUCAAGAAUCUCAGGGUCUGUGGAGAUUGUCAUAAUGCAGCAAAGCUUAUCACCAAAAUCGAGGAUCGAGAAAUCAUCCUGAGGGAUACUACACGUUUCCACAAUUUUAGAGGUGGGCAUUGCUCAUGUGGGGAUUACUGGUGAAGAAUCCCAAUAGAAGUGUCAGAUAUGCACCAGUUUCACCGUAGGUCUUGCAACACUAUCUGAUCCCUUCGACAAGAGAAAAUGUGGAGCAUCAACGGUCGACCUGUGAGCUCUGCAGUUCACCCUGAUGUUUUUCAAGGUGUUGUUGCUUUGGCAAAAACUUGUGCCCUCCAGACUGUGAGAUCCAUCAGAACCUUAUUGCUGAUUGUUCGAGCAUGUGGACAAAUCAAGAAUCAAGACAUAUGGAAAGAUUGAUGUACUGCAUUGGAUUUACACCUCGCUACUACCGAGUGGAGCAUGCAUAUCCUCCUAGUCCCAGCACUAUCCAUAGUGUCACAAUUGUGGAUCCCCACAUUUGUUCGUAGCCUGUCUUCUCCUGCUGAUAAGAGAUAUUUGUUAAGCUGCCUUCUCUGUGUUUCGGCUUCAAUAAGUUGCUGCAACAGGUGGUCAGUCAAUCAAUCAUGAACUGCAUAGAUGCAUAGAAAGAGUUGAGUUCAGUAAUGCAAUAUGCCAGUGUUUUCUUUGACAAAAUCCUGUAGCUCCAUUUAGAUUCAUUCAAAGUUCAAUUUUAUACCGGAUGUGCAGCCCUUUGUUUUUUUUUUGUUUUGU